AUGAAUAAUGAUUAUGGAACUCCAUCCUUUUUAAAAAGGAUCCAUGUUUCUUCAGAUGAAAGUGAUUUUAGUGAAAAGCAAGCAAGAAAGAAAACUAAAAGAAACUCUGAAGUUGAAGACCUUCCAUCGUAUUUGAGGGGUUUAGAUAUUUCGCUAAAAAGUGACGUGGAAGAAUGGAAAGAAGCUUUAAAAAGGAAAAGACAAAGAUUUUUGGAGAAGAAACGUUUAAAGAAGAGAAAGAGAGAAAAUAAUCAGUUGAUUACGAAUGGUGAUCAGGAAUCACAGUCCUGUGUUUCAAUAUCUCAGCCCUCACUUGCUCAAAAUAAACCUAGUUAUAGUGUUACAAGUGUUCCAUCAUUAAGUGCUGAAAUUGUUGUUCUUCAGCAUCCGACUUCAGUAACUCUUCAUAAGUUCAUUGAUGUUAAAGUUAUUAGUGGUGGCAUUUCAAUUUUGGGGUGGAACAUGACUUCCCUGAGUGAAAAAGUUACCAUAUUUUCUUAUGAAAGAACUGGACUCAUCGAGCUUACCACUUUGCAUGCAGACCCAAUGUGGAAAACGAAAGAAACCUGUAAAAGUAUAAAAACAGCUCUUAAAGAAAUUAUAGGGAAGGAGGAUACAAUUAAAAUUCUUGAAAAAUGUGGCAACUCAUCUGUCAUUGUGAUGCUACAAAGAGCAGCAUUUACAUCACCGUUAAAGAUUCUUAGUAUUUACUAUCCAAGAGAAUCAUGGCUUCCGACAGAUUGGAAAAAUAAUCGCCAUUUUAUAAAGAAGAAGUCUAGUCAUCAGGUCAUCAAGUUCACAGUCGAUCAUGUAACAGUAGCUGAAGCAAUUGCUCAUGCAAUGCGUAAAGCAACUGUGAACGCCAAAAAUCCUGCUCCACGUGUCGUUAUUUGUGGGAACUCGCAUACUGGAAAAUCUACUGUUGCACGUUUUAUUAUCAAUAGGCUGUUGGAAAUGUUUUCACAUGUGUUUUAUCUGGAUGCUGAUCCUGGACAGCCAGAAUUUACUCCACCUGGUGUAGUCAGUUUGAGCAAAGUUGACAAGUGCAUGAUAGGACCACCUUUCAGUCAUCUGCGGAAACCAAUGAAAAUGGUUUUUACUGGAGCAAUUUCUGCUGAAGCCUCUCCGCCUAUGUAUUUCAAAAGCAUUAAGCAAUUAACUCAGCAAUACUUCAAGGAACAUUCUUCAGAAACAUUAAUAGUCAACACAAUGGGAUGGAUGCAAG